AGUCUGAAUCCUAAAUCUACCUCUCCAUAACCAUACUUUAUGCUUUCUUUGGAUAUAGUCCUGGGGACAAGUGAUGAGAGAUGAGUAGAAGGGGAAAAUAAUUAUUCUCACAGUCCCCAUUAUUUUUACUGUUUUAACCAGUUUGGCAAAAGGUGUAGGUGGUUCAACCCAACCCAGGAACAGAGUGAGUAGGGAAGUUGGAAAGGGACAUGAAAUCAACAAAGAGUUUGCUUUUUGUUGUUGCUCUGAUUUUGCUAAGUGUAGGACAGGUGAGGGCAGAGUUCAGACAUGAUGCAGGGGAGUUUUUGGAAGCAGGGCAGGGGCUUUUCAGUGUUAAUUUCAGGCAUAGCAUCAGAGCCACCUUUGACCUUUCUAAGUUCAUCUGCGUUCCUGGGGACUGGGAGCAUAUGGGAUAGUCAUGAGAUCCCUAGGAAGUGGUAGAGGGAGGGAUCUUCGACUCCUUAUCUCAUGCAAGAAUGUAAGCCUGGGCAGAAAAAGCCUGUACCACUUAUCUCAGGCUCUUUGCUAUUUUUGAUGUGAGCUACAGAACAAGGUCUAAUGGUGAACUUUCUCCCUGUCCCAUGCCUUUACUCCAGAGACUUUUUCUUGUCAUGUUGAAAAUCUAGGAUUACCCCCUCUAGUUCUCAUCUCUCAUUCCUCCCCUCUACCAUUCUGAUUUCUGAUCCAUAGAGUUUUGUGUGUCUAAGUCUGGAAAGGGGCUAAGGACAUUGAUUUAGAGUCUGACAUACCUGAGAAUGUCCAAUAUCCCACAAAGAAAUUCCAGAUGCAUGCCCAGGAUCCCAUGCUUAUCCCCAAUUCUCAUUUUAGCACCCCUCCCUUCCUAUGGUGCUGGGUAAGACUGCAGUUAGUUGCUCAGGGAUAUUUUUAGCCAAGCAGACCUCAUUGUCCAGUGGGGUGGGGGUGGGAGGAAGGGUAGGCAGGUGUCCACGUCCAUCACACCGGGGCUUGUGGGGCAGCAGAGAGAAGGGAGGGGGCUAGGCUCCAAAAAUAGCACAGUGAGCUCAUUCAGCGGCCAGCUCUGGGGACAAGACAAAGGGGCUUUAAAAGGCGUGGGGGGUGGCUCAAGCUGGUCCUGCUCCAGCCAACACUGCAUUUCUCGGCAUGGAAACCUUUGAGCCCAUCAGCCAAGAGCCCUUCAGCCAAGCCAGCUGCAACAAAGCCCCAGAUCCAGCUUCUGAGCUCCAAGACCCAUUCUAUGCAGAACUGCAACGGGCAGAGAGUCUCCAAGAGAAGAGUGUGAAGGAGGCCAAGACCAAAUGCCGGACGAUUGCAUCCCUACUAACUGCAGCCCCUAAUCCCCACUCCAAGGGGGUGCUUAUGUUUAAGAAACGACGGCAGAGAGCCAAGAAGUACACCCUAGUGAGCUUUGGGGCUGCGGCUGGGACAGGUGCUGAGGAAGAAGACGGGGUCCCUCCAACGAGCGAGUCGGAGCUGGACGAGGAGGCCUUCUCUGACGCCCGCAGCCUCACCAACCAGUGCGACUGGGACAGCCCCUAUCUGGAUAUGGAGCUGGCCAGGCCAGGCUCAGCUGCAGCAGAGGCCCAGGGCGGACAGCUGAGUGAGGCCUCGGGCAGAGGGGCCCAGCUCUUUGAACAGCAGCGCCAGCGCACAGCCUCCAGCACCCAGGAGCGGGCCCAGGAUGGUCCAGCAGCCAUGCCCAACGGGCAGGGACUGCAGUCACCACCUCGGGCCCAGAGUGCUCCUCCGGAGGCAGCUAUGCUCCCAUCCAGCUCUUCACCAGCCCCUGUAGCCAGCCCCAGACCCUUCUUCCCAGGCGGUGGAGCCCCAACCCCAGCUCCAAACAUCUUUAACCGAUCAGCCAAACCCUUUACCCCAGGCCUACAAGGGCAGCGGCCAGGUACCACUUCGGUUAUUUUCCGGCCCUUAGCUCCCAAGAGGGUGAGCGAAAGCCUGGGAGGCCUCAGCUCCGCCCCACCGCCCUUCCAGUCCCCUCCACAGGGACCCACCCCUCUGCCCAGCCACGUGCCAGCCUCCGGUUCCCCCAGCACUCCACGCUCCUCAGGCCCCGUGACAGCCACCAGUUCCCUGUACAUCCCAGCCCCCAAUCGUCCUGUAACGCCAGGAGGAACCCCAGAGCCUCCCGCUCCUCCUAGCGCCGCUGCCAUGACCUCCACCGCUUCUAUCUUCCUAUCGGCCCCUCUACGACCCUCUGCGUGCCCAGAGGCUCCCGCCCCAGGCCCCGGGGCACCUGAGCCCCCCAGCGCUCGGGAGCAGCGCAUCUCCGUGCCAGCUGCCCGCACUGGCAUCCUCCAGGAGGCCCGGCGACGGGGAACCCGGAAGCAGAUGUUUCGUCCGGGAAAGGAGGAGACGAAGAACUCGCCCAACCCCGAGCUGCUAUCGUUGGUGCAGAACCUGGAUGAAAAACCCCGCGCGGGCGGAGCGGAAUCCGGUCCAGAGGAGGAUGCUCUGAGCCUCGGGGCUGAAGCCUGCAACUUCAUGCAGCCACCAGGGGGCAGGAGUUACAAGACUCCGUCUCACGUGACAUCUAAAACCCCGCCUCCAAUGGCACCCAAGACUCCGCCCCCGAUGGCUCCCAAGACUCCACCUCCAGUGGCUCCUAAACCCUCGUCUCGAGGGUUCCUUGAUGGUCUAGUGAAUGGGGCAGCGCCUUUGGCUGCAAUCCCUGAGCCCACAAGGCUUCAGGGCAGGGGUGGGGAGCUGUUUGCCAAGCGGCAAAGCCGAGCAGACAGGUAUGUGGUGGAAGCUACACCUAGUCCUGGCCUUGGCCUUGGCCUUGGCCCUCGUCCCAGAAGCCCUUCCCCUACACCCUCAUUGCCCCCUUCCUGGAAAUAUUCACCCAACAUCCGUGCCCCACCUCCUAUUGCUUACAACCCACUGCUCUCACCCUUCUUUCCCCAGGCUGCCCGAACUCUCCCUAAUAAGGCCCAGUCCCAGGGUCCUCGGGCGACCCCCAAGCAGGGUAUCAAGGCUCUGGAUUUCAUGCGGCACCAGCCCUACCAACUUAAAACUGCCAUGUUCUGUUUCGAUGAGGUUCCCCAGACUCCUGGCCCCAGCUCCUUAGGGCCCCCCAAAACUGCCCGAGUGCAGGAGAUACGCCGAUUUUCCACUCCAGCACCCCAGCCUACUGCAGAACCCCUGGCCCCCACUGUACUAGCCCCCCGAGCAGCCACUACAUUGGAUGAGCCCAUCUGGAGAGCAGAGCUGGCCUCAACCCCUGUCCUUAGCCCAGCCCCUCCUCCAGAGUCUCCCAGGGGUCUUGGGACUUCCCCCAGCUCCUGUGGCUUCCAGGUAGCCAGGCCCCGGUUCUCAGCCACCAGAACUGGAUUGCAGGCUCAUGUUUGGAGGCCAGGGGCAAGCCACCACUGAGCAGGGCACAGCUCCCAGGACCAAGGAGAGAUGGAACACCCAGUUCCUAAAGUUGCUUCUCCUACCCAUCCCAUGUCCUCUCUCAGGCAUUUGGAGGCUAAAUUCCCUCCUGCCAGAGAUAGUUUUGGAGUUGGUGUCCCAUCCUCCUGGCUCCCAACCUCCCUGCGGCUUUGCAACCUAUUAUUUCUGCUUUGUUAUCCGUGCUUCUCUUUGUCUCUGUAGUUCCUUGCAUCAAUCUCUCUAUCUCAGUCUGCACCGAUGCCCCUCCGCUGGUCUCUAUUUCUCUACAUUUGUGCUUUCUGUGAACCUCAUUUUAACAUUCAAUGAGAAGCGCAUGGAGAAGUUAGUAGUGAGACCUCAGGCAAGAAGCUCACCAUCAGGCAGGACUCAAAGGGACUGACUUGCUCUCUGUUUGCCCUAAAUCACUUGCUACUCCUCACUUUCAUUUCCCAAGCUUGGCUGGCAUAUAUCUAGAUAUGUAUGUGAGCGUGUGUGUGUAUGUGUAUGUGCAAGUGUGUUUGGCCACAGAUGUGUUCUUAUGCCUGGGGCAAGAGUAAGAGGAGUGGUCUAAAUAAAGACCCAAUCUGGGUCUUAGCUCUAUACUGAUUAAAGAAGGGUCAGAUAGCCCCUCAUGUAGAGUCUAGUGAGGAGAAAGAGAUUGACUGAAAUUUAAGACCAGUGCUUGUAGCAGGGGUAUAGCAUCUUGUGAAACUCACAGAUUAUGAGAAGACCUGAAGGGCAGGGGCAGUAUGUAAGGGCUGAGUUAUACCAGCUAGACCCAGAACAGAACUCAGAAUUCUAUUCAGUGCCUAGCUGGCUCAGUUGGAGAAGCAUGUGACUCUUGAUCUCAGGGUUGUGAGUUAGAGACCCACAUCGGGGGUAGAGAGCACUUAAAUGAAUGAAUGAAUAAAAUAAAUAAAUAAAUAAAUAAAUAGUUCUAUUCGUCAGGAUUUCAGAAAGAGGCCAUUUAAGAGGCCCAUGCUGAGCUACAAGCUUCCAGGAAGUGAAAAAGAAAGGCAGAAAAUUUCCUCUGGAAUAGAAAAAUGAUUGGCUUCAUUGCCUCAUGCACCUGGGACAGAAAGGAGGGGGAAAAGAGCCAUGGUGUGGAAAGUGAGGCAGAAACCAGGAGCAGAGUGAAUGAAUGAAAUUGACUGAGCCACAGGGAAGAGCAUGGGGGGAGAGAGAGCAUUUUGGCAGACAGGAGAGCUGGAUUUCAAGAAACUCACCGUGUACAACGGGGACUAGGAAAAAAAUUUGAGAGAGAAGAAUGCAUUUGUUAGAAUGAGGACAGAUGAUGGUCGGUGGAUGUGAGAGUGUGGGCUGAGUGUCAAAAGAAUAAGUAGUGUCUGUUCUACCUCCUUUGAGUCUGUCCUUCUACCUUCUGCAGCUUGUCAUGAUGACCUGGGAAAGGGCAAGGAAAUAACCCAGAGCCAGAACCUCUUUUCAGCCCAACCCCAUCCCCCACCCCCUAGCUGUUGUUCCUUUUCAGCUUUAGGUCCUGAUCUCUGAUCCUAAAUGGGUAUGGACUCCCCUCUCACCGUGACCACCACCAGUCAGCCACGUUUGCUGCUUGAUCUGGAUUGAUCGUUUCCUUUGCAUAUUGAGUGUGAGUCACAGUACUUUGGUUUGUGCACAAGAAUAAACUUAAGUUCCAAACCUGU